AUGUCAGAUACCAGUCUCAUAAUUGUUGACUCUCCCGAGCACGCACCGGGGGUGUCAGUGAUCACACUCAACCGCCCAAAGAAGCGCAAUGCACUCUCAAAAGCCAUGAUCACUGAUCUGUUGAUUUGCUUGAUAGCUGGUGCCGAUAUCAAGGAGAUAUCGGCCAUGGAUGCAGAAGCAGCAAGAUCUUGUCGUUACCUGGAAGAUCUGUGCCAUGGCAUGGCUGCAGUGAGAAAGCCUAUGCUGGCUGCGGUAGAUGGACCAGCACUUGGAGGUGGUUUCGAGCUUGCCAUGAUGUGUGAUUUGAUCUAUGCAUCGCCACGUGCAAAGUUUGUGCUCCCUGAGGUGAAUCUCGGUCUCAUCCCCGGAGCGGGAGGCAGUCAACGGCUCACAUCUGCCUUGGGCAAGUUUAGAGCCAUGAAAGCAAUUCUCCUUGGAACGCCGAUCUCGAGUGAAGAAGCUUUGUCUUGUGGGCUGGUCUGCGACAUGUUUAAGGACGGACAAGUAUUGGACAAGACUAUCGAUGCUGCUGCGCAACUCGCAGCUCGAGGUGGUGUUGCCGUUCAAUUGGCUAAGGAAGCUAUAUGCCGAGCUGAUGAUUCGUGCCGUGAUGACGCAUUUGAGAGGAGCUUGUAUUACUUUGCUUUUGAGACGGAGGAAAAAGCAACAAGGGUCGAAGCCUUUCUGCGAAGGUAA